AUGGCGUGGCCCUGCAUCACGAGGGCGUGCUGCAUCAACCGCUUCUGGAGCGAGUUGGACCACACCGACAUCGCCGUGCCUCUCGUCUUCACCAAGUACUCGGACGUGGCCGAGGUGCAGCACGUUCACCCGCAGCGGCAACCCGGCGAUCGGUCGGUGGGUCACGAGGCGACCCAGCCUGUCUCGAGCGAGCAGCAGGAUGGAACCACCAAGCACCACGGGACUACCACUGCCGCAUUGGGGGGCCAGGAGGGGUCGAGUUGGUCCGUGACGCGACAGGACUUCAGGGCCUGGAAAACCGUGCGCCCGGAGCGCAGCUGCAAGCCUCGCGACCAGUACCACCCGUCCGAGGCGCCCUUCAACAACGAGACGCAGUACAGCAAGGACUACAAGCCCUGGCCCAUCCCCAAGAAGGGCGACCACCCCUGGAUACCCAAGGACGGCGGAAGGCCCACCAAAGCCGGCCAGGACACCACCGCCGAACCCUCGGCCAAGGAGAAGAUAGCCGCGGUGCAGGUGGAGGUGGUGGAGGCGGAGACGGGAGUGGAGAAGUGCGAGAUAGAGGAGAAACAGCAGGAGAAGCAGGUGAAGGAGAGAGAGAAGGAGGCGAAGAAGGAGGAGAAGGAGGGAGGCCAGGACCAGAAAGAGCAGAAGGAUGACACAGAGAAGCCCCAAAAGAAGAGUGCCGAGGUGGAGAAGGAGGAGGGGAAGGCCGGCGAGGGGAAGGGCAAAGGCAGGGCCGCGGCAGACGCCCGGAACAGACAAAUCAAACAGGACCGCACGGGAAGUUCCUACAGGACGGAGUUUAAAGCUUAUACGGAUGUGAAGCCGGUGCGUCCAAUCCGAGCAAAGUCUCAAUAUAAGCUGUCAUCAACUGAACAGGCCAAUCUGCAAUCUGAGACAAGCUACAACGCCACCUAUAGGGGCCAACAGGGGGCACCAAUGGACAACAAGCAGCUGGAACGCAGACGCAUACGCAGCCUGUACAACGAACCACGCAACAAGGACGAUUCAGAGAGUGACAGCAGCUCUGUGCUAGAUCUGCUCUAGUCAGGUG